GCGGCGGCGGCGGGGUUGGGCGUGGGAGCGAGUCCGCGGCCGGGAGCGGGAAUGUCGAGGAGUUCGAAGGCAGUGCUGGGCCUCUCGGUGCUGCUGACGGCGGCCACGGUGGCCGGCGUGCAUCUGAAGCAGCGGCAGGACCGGCAGAGGCUUCGUGAUGGAGUGAUCAGAGACAUUGAGAGGCAGAAUCAGAAAAAAGAAAACAUUCGUCUUUUGGGAGAACAGAUUAUUUUGACUAAGCAACUUGAAGCAGAAAGAGAGAAGAUUUUGGAGAAAGGAUCUCAAAAUACCUGACUUUGAGAAGCCGAUGGGGCAGCAUUGAGUUGG